AUGGAGCAUGACCGCUCUCGGGAAUCCCCAUCGCGGGAAGGCACUUCCUUGCCGGGAGAGUGGCCUUCCUCGGCCCUCGGACAGUCCUUCUCCCAGAUUUUGCACCGCCUUACCAGCCAGGAGUCCCGACGGGGCAAGGGCAAAAGUGCAGCAGUUCAGGACCUCGGUGCUCUCAUAGAAGCCACAGAACGCGAUCAGUUUUUUGAGGGGAGUGGCACAUCGCUCCACGGAAUGCCCGAAAUGCUGGGGCAGGUGGCAAAAGCCCUGGAGAAGUAUGCAGCCCCACCCAAGGAGCAGGAAGGUAGAGGUCAUGGUUACUCUGAAGUGGCCGAGAAAGCGGCAGCAGUUGGCUUAGUAUUUCUUAAACUCUUGGGGAAAUUUGAGGCGGCCAAGAAUUCCUUGGUUUGCCCUAAGUGGAAGACAGGCCUAAGUGACUUGGCAGGACCCAUCUAUAUUUUUGCGGUCACACACAGCUUGGAGCAACCAUGGACCAGCCCAAGAUCCCAUGACGUUGCUGGAGAGGUGCUCGCCUUACUCCUUCAAGUUACUGAGUGUGGUUCUGUGGCAGGAUUUCUGCACGGAGAAAAUGAAGAUGAGAAAGGGAGAUUUAUUUUAAUAAUGGAACUUCUUAAACCCGAUUUGAAUAAAGAAUCCUGGAAGAAUAACCCUGCCACAAAACAUGUUUUCUCAUGGACUCUGCAGCAGGUCUCUCGACCCUGGCUGAACCAACAUCUGGAGAGGAUACUUCCCCCAUCGCUGCUCAUCUCGGAUGACUAUCAAACAGAGAACAAAAUACUGGGUGUCCACUGCCUCCAUCACAUCGUGCUUAAUGUGCCAGCUGCUGAUUUGCUCCAGUAUAACAGAGCCCAGGUCCUGUACCACGCCCUUUUCAACCACCUGUACACACCGGAGUACCGCCUCAUCCAGGCUGUGCUCUCCUGUCUGCUGGACUUAUUCCCCGUCCUGGAGAAAGGCCUGCACUGGAAGGGAGGUGGGGCUCGACCCACCACACACUGUGACGAGGUGCUGCAGUUGAUCCUGACCCACAUGGAGCCAGAGCACCGCCUUCUCUUACGCAGGACCUAUGCAAGAAACCUGCCAGCGUUUGUGAAGAGGUUGGGGAUCCUAACUGUCCGGCACUUGAAGAGGCUGGAGCGAGUCAUCAUCGGCUACCUGGAGGUUUACGAUGGGCCAGAGGAGGAGGCUAGACUGAAGACACUGGAAACCUUAAAACUUCUCAUGCAGUACACUUGGCCCAGAGUUUCCUGUAGACGUGUGGUCUUAUUGAAGGCUCUCUUGAAACUGAUCUGUGAUGUAGCAAGGGAUCCAAACCUUACACCUGAGCCUGUUAAGAGCGCCUUGUUAGAAGAGGCCACAGAUUGCCUGAUUCUCCUGGACCACUGUUGUCAAGGACAAGUGAAGGGUCUCCUGGUCAAAAUUCUCCAAAGCUGUGAAGACAGCAAGGUGGUGAACUGUAUCAGAAAAGUCCGGCAGGUUUCUGAAGGCACGCCCUACGAUGGAACUUAA